GCAACACUCUGCAUUCGCCACUGUCCAUGGCCUGAAAUUCUAAAUUUGCCAACACUCUAAUUUUGAUUCCGAACUCAUUUGGGGGAACAAAUGUGAUGCAGUGUAAAUUUUUACCUUCUGGUUCAGGGUUCAUACCACUACACAUCAGUGAGUCGUUGACUCCCUGUGGUCUUGAUAUCCCAACGUCCAUUUCCAACAGAACCUAGAUAAUAAAACAGAAUACCCUCAGAGAUAAAACCCCAAAAUGAGUGAAAAAAAAGUUAUAGAAAGAUGGCUUUAUUGACAUCUUCAAUUGUUUCAGUUUCAGUUGGGAAUUAUCAGAAACAGUUGUUUUCUAGGGUUACUUCCCAAAGACAAACACAAACAGAUUCGUGGGCGUAAUAUGGUUUUUGUUUAGGGACUAACGGCGGGUGGAUUCACAUCUCUGACGUACUGAAUUCUAAGGGAGCUCGUUCUAAAACUAAGUCACGCUCAACAAUGUGUUCAGCAUUGAACAGCGAGAGUUAUGAGGAACCAAAGCAAGUAUGGAUAUGGACUGAGAACAAGCAAGUAAUGACUACUGCCGUUGAGAGAGGAUGGAACACACUCAUUUUCACAUCUCAGAAUAAAGACCUUGCAGAUGAGUGGUCAUCGAUUGCUUUGAUAAAUCCUCUAUUUAUUGGGGAUGGAGCGAUUUUAGAUAGCGAGAAGAAAAAAGUUGCCUCAUUUUCUGAAAUAUCUACUCCCGAACAGUUGCAACAACUUCAACCAGAUGAUUAUGAGGCGAAAAAUGUUGUUAUAAGUUUGCCAAACUGGCAGGUGAUACCUGCAGAGAAUAUAAUCGCAACCUUCCAAGGAAGCCAGAAAACAGUUUUUGCCAUCUCAAAAACUCCCUCAGAAGCACAGCUUUUCCUUGAGGCAUUGGAGCUCGGUCUUGGUGGAGUUGUUUUGAAAGUUGAAGACAUUGAAGCUGUUCUUGAGUUGAAGAACUAUCUUGACAGAAGAAAUGAAGCUAGGAACUUGUUAGGUCUGUCCAAAGCUACUGUAACACGAGUUGAAAUAGCUGGAAUGGGUGAUCGUGCAUGCGUGGAUCUUUGUAGCUUAAUGAGGCCUGGCGAAGGACUUCUGGUUGGAUCUUUUGCAAGAGGCCUUUUCCUUGUUCACUCAGAAUGCAUGGAAUCAAAUUAUAUUGCUAGCAGACCUUUUCGAGUCAAUGCAGGACCAGUACAUUCCUAUGUUGCUGUUCCAGGAGGGAAAACUUCCUAUCUUUCAGAGUUGCAAACUGGAAAAGAGGUUAUUGUAGUUGAUCAAAGUGGGAAGCAAAGGACAGCAGUUGUAGGGCGCGUAAAAAUAGAAAAGAGACCACUCAUUCUUGUGGAGGCAAAGUUGCAACAAGAACCUGAAAACCAAACGUUCUAUAGCAUCCUUUUACAGAAUGCAGAAACUGUUGGAUUAGUUUGCCCCUGUCAAGGUACUAAUAAGCCAACCAAAACUGCAAUUCCUGUGACUUCACUCAAAGUUGGAGACGAGAUUAUGGUGAGAAUUCAGGGUGGUGCCCGGCAUACAGGAAUCGAAAUUCAAGAAUUUAUUUUCGAGAAGCGCCGAAGUAGCAGAUAUCUUAGCGGCUUUAUGCAACUCGGUGAAUAUAUAUGGACGCAAAUUUCUAAUUGGAGUUUUGAAUACAUGGCCUAUGCAUCGAUGCAGGCUUUAACGAGGUAUAAUUGUGUCACAUUGGGGCAAUCAAGUUCCCGAGAAUAAAAGUGGGUUUCUAUUAUUUUUGCAUUUGUCUGAGAAAGUUGGGCGAUCAAUAUAUGGGUAUUUCACAGUUUAGACAGUUGGGAUUAGUUGGGCUAGAUUUAUUAGUUUGAUUUUGCGAGAAAAAAAUCUUGAUGAUAUCAGAACCUGAAAGGUUGCUGUGGAGCCAUUUAUCUUCUGAAGACUUUCAUGGAGCAACUGUCGCCAGGAUAUGGCAGUAGGCAGCAGCUAUUUAUGUGGGCCAUGGAAUGAUGGGUCUCCUAUAAUAACCUUGUAUGAAACC